AUGAGGUACUCGGGGAUUUUCGUCAUUAUCCUUUGGAUGUUUCUGCUAGGGAAGUCCUCGCUGGCCAGUGGAUACGAAAUGGCGCAGGAAGUUACCAUCACGGAGCAGUUCAAUGGAUAUUGUUUCUCAGUUAUCCAGCCAUUCCUCGAUCAUUUACUCAAGUUUAAAGAGGCAACCGAUGACAAUAAUAAAAUGAAAGACAAAAUACACUCACUGGAGCUCACCAUCAACAAUUUGCAGAGUCAGUUACUAAAAAGUGAGACGGAAAUAAAAAGCAAUGUUCAACAAAUCAAGUUGAAAGACGAACAAAUCGAGGAUCUCAGAGAGCAAAUUAGGGGCAAAGACAAACAAAUUAAUGUAAAAGACGAACAAAUCAAGGACAAGGACAAACAAAUUAAUGUGAAAGACGAACAAAUCAAGGACAAGGACAAACAAAUUAAUGACAAAGUCAAUCAAAUCCAUGUAAAAGACGAACAAAUCAAGGAUCUUAGAGAGCAAAUCAAGGGAAAGGACAAACAAAUUAACGUGAAAGACGAACAAAUCAAGGAUCUUAGAGAGGAUGUGAAGAUGAUUUCUUGUCUCAAUAGUGGCCAAAAUGGCAUUUUCAAUAUAAAAGUCAAGGGAAUGGAGCCGUUUACAAGUCCCUGCGAUUCGUCUGGAUGGACGGUCAUUCAACGGCGUAUCAACGGAAGUGUUGACUUCAAUCGCAGCUGGGCGAAUUACAAAGAUGGAUUUGGAUCCAUCCACAGAAACUUCUUCCUGGGGCUGGAAAAAAUCCAUCAACUGACCUUGGCCCAGCCUCACGAGUUGUACAUUCAACUUAGAGAUGUGAAUGGAACCACAAAAUAUGCUCGAUACGAUGAUUUCAAACUAGGAAGCGAAAAUGAAGCCUACAAACUGAAGUCGCUGGGAGAGUAUUCAGGCACAGCCGGAGAUUCAUUUAUUCACCAUCUAGACAUGAAGUUUACCACAUUGGACCGGGAUAAUGACCUGGCUGAGACAAGCAAUUGCGCGACAGAUCAUAGUGGUGGUUGGUGGUUUAAAAAGUGCGCUACAAGCACCCUCAAUGGAAUUUAUUAUGUUGAUGGUAAAAGAACUACCUCUCAAAGGCACGGCAUUCAUUGGGGUUCGUGGAAUAACUAUGACUACACGAUCUCGCUUACAUUUUCACAAAUGAUGAUAAGACCUAAGCCGUUAUAAAAUGGAUACUAGUAAUGAUAUUUGAAUAGUAAAGUUAAAGCUGAAAGACGAUUAUAACUAUCCAAAAAUCAACUUAUGCUAAAAAACAAAACAAUAUCUUAACAGAAGCGUCUCUUUCGAAGAAAACAAUCAAAAAUACUAGCAGUGGUUAAAAGAGGUUGCACGAAAUGGAUCAAAAUUGUUUAGCAAACAAUGCCAAAUUUGAUACCCUUGGAAGAAGGAUGGAGAUAU